GUUGCCUGUCGGUGGUAGUACGGCGGUACGAGCUCGCGCCUUCACUCUUAAAUAACUUUGUUUUUCCACUAUAUACAAUAGUACCUUACCGCUAUUUAUCAAUCAAUAUAGCUAUUUUUUCUUACAGUUUCAACCUUAGGUCAAUUUAUUAAAUUUAAGUGAUAAUACUUACAAAAAUCGAGUGCAUUUUUGUUUCUGAAAGCAACUUUUUUUGGAUUAAUGUGUGAAAUCACUGCAACAAGGUCUUAACAAGUGGGCGCAUAAACAGUUGUAGAAAGAAAUGUAAAAAUUUCAUUCUGAAAUAUCUAGGUUGAAGUAUAUAGGAUGAAUAUGUAAAAUUACAUGGAAUUUUAAAGUUUUUAUUAUAGAGUGGUUUCCAUAACAAAUAUAUUGACAACAAUGGCUUCGGUAAGCCGACUGUUAUUGAAUGCUGUUAAAAUAUAUUGGAAGACACUAUUUAUUGUUCUAUAUCCAAUUAUUCUUCUUCCGGUAUUCAUAUUCGACAAUGUUGCAGCACUCCGAUGUUUGUAUGUUGUAUUGCUUAUGGCAGGAUACUGGGUUUUCGAAGCACUACCUCUACCAAUAACCUCUUUAAUACCCAUGGUGCUAUUUCCUCUUAUGGGGGUGCUAGACUCAGAUAAAGUGUCUCUAUGUUACCUAAAAGAAACAAAUAUGAUGUUUGUCGGUGGACUUGUCAUUGCAAUUGCUGUCGAACAUUGCAAUCUGCAUAGAAGGGUUGCGUUACAUGUGAUAAAAAGGGUUGGAUGUAGUCCCAGAAAAUUAAACUUGGGAUUGGUAACCGUCACCAUGCUAGUAUCAAUGUGGAUAUCAAAUACAGCAGCAACAGCCAUGAUGAUUCCCAUAAUAGAAGCAACUUUAAUAGAAUUGGAAGAACAAGGAAUUGGGCAGAUGUUUGAAACACCUUUUUUGGAUGGAGUUCCCUUGGAAAAAGCAAGAGAAGAGGAAGAAGAGCAGCAAAAAAAGCCGACCAGGGAAACAAUGUGUUAUUUUAUGUCCACAGCUUAUGCGGCAUGCAUUGGGGGAAAUGGGUGUAUUAUAGGUAGCGGAACCAAUUUAACUUUUAAAGGAAUCUAUGAAAGCAGAUUUGAUGAAGGUCCAGGAGUGGAAUUUGCAAAAUGGCUAUUUCUUAACGUACCAAUGAUGCUGAUUAUGAUGUAUCUCACAGUGAUAUGGUUGCAGUUUUGGUAUAUGGGUCUUUUCCGGCCGAACUCACCGGAUGCAAAGAGACUAAAGGUUGGUAUGCAAGGUGAACAAGUGGCAAGGAAACUAAUUGGAAGAAAAUUACAAGAGAUGGGACCAAUGUCUUUCCAAGAGAAAGCAGUAGGAUGUUUAUUCUUUUUGUCUGUACUUCUUUGGUUUUUUAGAAAACCGCAAUUUAUUGCUGGGUGGGCUGAAAUGAUUACACAACAUAAGGUAAAAGAUGCAACAGCUGCCAUUAUAGUUGUUCUUCUUCUUUUUAUUAUACCAUCAAAUCUGGAUUUUAUAAAUAUUUUCAAUAAAGACGAAAGUAAAAGGCCGAAAGUUGCAUCACAAGCUCUUCUCACCUGGAAGGUAGUACAUCAAAAACUUCCAUGGGGUUUAAUAUUUCUUCUCGGAGGAGGAUUUGCGUUAGCAGAAGCGUCUAAAGCUAGUGGAAUGAGUCAACUAAUCGCCGACCACCUUCACGGAUUUGCGAUGUUACCAAGAUUUUGGGUUAUGGUUAUUUCUUGUUUAUUCGCAACAGUUCUUACCCAAUUUUCUAGUAACGUAGCUGUGGCUAAUGUGGUUUUACCAGUUCUUGCAGAAAUGUCACUGGUGGCCAAAAUACAUCCAAUGUACCUAAUGAUGCCUGCAGCUCUGAGCUGUUCUUUCUCUUACUGCCUUCCAGUUUCCACUCCUCCAAUGGCCAUAGCUGCAGCCCCGUGCAAUAUGUCUUCAAAAGAAAUGGCAAAGGCUGGCCUUGGAGUAGCUAUAAUUUCUUUAGGCGUUUUGUUUUUAGUCUUUCCUUUCUUAGGUAGAUUAAUAUGGGAUCUCGAUACAUUCCCGACAUGGGCAACGCUAUAGUACGCAAAAUUUGUAGCAAAAUAAAUAAAAAGUAUAAUAGGUGGUGAUUCACUCGUGAUUCAUGUAUUACUUCAAAUACCGACAGCUUUUCAUAAUUUUAAUAAAAAAAUUAAUGAAUGGCAAGUAGGGUCAAGUGUAAUAUUUGUAUUAUUUAGUAAAAUAAUAAUUAUACAUAUUUUUAGAUCUGUGUUUUGUGAUAUAUUCUGUAUAACAUAUGAUUUAUAUACUUGGUGUAAAGCAAGUUCAUAUAAGGGUUAAAAACUUUAAUUAUAGAAAAAGUUUGCGUAAGAUAUUUUUUAUAGUUAGUUGAAAUGAAAAAAUCCUGCUUUAUUAAGUUUUAUAAACCCGUUCUCAAAAUGACAAUUAUUUCGUAUAAUGAUUGUAAAGUUAAGAAUUUAAAUUAAAAAAAAAUUAAAGUUAAGAAAUAAAGUAUGUACAUCUAAGGACA